AAACGAGUUUCACCUAACGCGUCAAGACACUCCUACAUACAAAUACAUACACUCCCUUUGCAAAAAUACUCCUCCACAAAACAAACUCUCACACUCCCACCCACCCCACUCUCAAUUAACCUCAUUCUCUCUCUCUCUUACAGUCUCUUACUAUAUAUCUUCAUCCUCCUUACUUCCCACAAAACCUUUUCUACUCUUUCAAUUCUCCUCUAUUUAAUCCAAAUUUAUAAUAAUAAAAAAAGAAAAGAAAAGAUGACAUCAAAAGACUGUGGGCACGACGAUGACGAUCGGAAGGGAGCAUUCCAUCGUCUAAUAGGAGGCAUCUUAACCUUCAUAGUCCUAGUCCUGUUGGUCGUCUUCAUAAUAUGGCUAGUCCUACGCCCCACCAAACCAAGGUUUGUACUCCAAGAUGCAACCGUCUACGCCUUCAACGUGACCGCACCAAACCUUCUAACGGCUACCUUCCAAGUGACCCUUUCCUCCCGCAACCCAAACGAGCGCAUCGGAGUCUACUACGAGCGCUUAGAUGUACACGCAUCCUACCGCAACCAGCAGAUCACACUACCAGCAAGGAUGCCGUACACUUACCAAGGUCAUAAAGAUGUCACUAUUUGGUCUCCCUUUCUUUACGGCAACAAUGUUCCUAUUGCUCCUUACUUAGGUAUGUCCUUACAACAAGAUCAGAACGCCGGUUUGGUUGUCAUGAAGAUCAAGGUUAAUGGUCGUGUUAAGUGGAAGGUUGGCACUUGGGUUUCCGGAAGAUAUCAUUUGAAUGCUAAUUGUCCUGCUUACCUCUCUUUUGGUAACAAAGGUAACGCCUUUAAUAAUCUUGGUUCUUCUGAUGUUAAGUUUCAGAUUUCUAGUAGCUGUCAAGUUGAUGUCGCUAUUUAAUUCGGGUCCCCACCAUCAUCAACUGUACCACCUUUUUUCAUGGACCUUACAAGUACCACGAGUAUUGUUUAGCUAGCUACUACCAGUAUACUCUUCCAUCAUAGUAGUACUUCGUGUUAAUUAAUUAAUUAGCUUGUGUAAUUUUUACUCUUUCAUACGAUUUAUCUUUUUUUUUUUUUUAAAAAAAAUAAUUGUGGCUUGGUAAUUACAGCUAGCUAAUAAGCACAAUUUUAAGUAAUUUGUAAAUGUUAUUGAUGAUCAGAUCAUUAAUUAGUUCAUUAUUACUCAUAUUAUUAUAGUCUCAAUUAUACAUACAUAGCCAAUAA